CUCGACUUCUUGACUUUCGCACGCCCAACGACAAUCCCUCUACCCGUCCACCACACCACCCAAACACCGCAAAAAUGGGUCGCGUCCGCACCAAGACCGUGAAGAAGUCCGCCAAGGUCAUCAUCGAGCGCUACUACCCAAAGCUCACCCUCGACUUCGAGACCAACAAGCGUAUCUGCGAUGAAAUCGCCGUGAUCGCCUCGAAGCGCCUGCGUAACAAGAUUGCCGGCUACACCACCCACUUGAUGAAGCGUAUCCAGCGUGGACCAGUUCGCGGUAUCUCCUUCAAGCUGCAAGAGGAGGAGCGUGAGCGCAAAGAUCAAUACGUGCCAGAGGUUUCUGCCCUGGACUUCACUCAGAACAGCGAGAGCGGACAACUCGACGUGGACCAGGAGACCAAGGACCUCCUCAAGUCGUUGGGCUUCGACAGCAUCCCAGUCAACGUCGUUGCCGUCCAGCAACAGCAAGUUGCCGAGAGGCCGCGCCGCUUCGGCGACCGCCCACCACGCAACUAAGUCAUUUUUAUGGCUUCUUGCUGGGACGCUUUACGACAAAUUGGGAGGUUUCAGGCGUUGGCGUUCUGCUGCAGUGCGACCACUGCUAUGAUACCCAUGCCUUAGCUACUAGCUACUGCUCUACGGAGCGCAAAUGGAGUACUUCCUCCCAACCAGGUGUCGCUGAGUCUGCUGUAAUGGCGACGAGGCUUGAUUGCCAAUUCCCCCUUCCCACUUUUCCUCUUGCCAGACG